UUUACAUCAAAUUGUAUACUGCCGCUCUAAAGAUUAGAAAAAGGAAAAAGUUAUCCAAAGAAUUGCAAAGUUUGGUGAAAUUAAACAAGGAAAAAGUUAAUGUUUUCCCAACAUGGCACAUAGUGAAAAUUUUCAACUAAACACUUUUCGAAGUUAUGUUACUAUACUGGCUGAUAGCAAAGCCACCGAUGACAAGAAACUCAGAGCGGCCCAGGAACUAAGUGAACAUUUUGAGGUGGUUGUGCAAAGUUCAUCAUAUCCAUCGUUUUUGGAGCACUCUCUGAAGGCGUUUAUGCACUUUUUGCAAGAUGGGGAGCCACAAUUCAUACAGGAAUAUCAAGCACAUCAGGUGCGUAAACUUAUCUUGGAAAUGAUACAUCGCCUUCCCCUAAGUGAGAAUCUAAGACAGCAUGUCAAAUCCAUAAUAUCCUUGAUGCUUAACAUACUGCAAAUUGACAAUGAGGAGAAUGUGUUGGUGUGUCUUCGUAUUAUCAUUGAAUUGCACAAAAAUUUUCGACCAUCAUUUAACAAUGAGGUACAACAAUUUCUGGCUUUGGUUAAGAAAAUCUAUACCGAAUUGCCCAAUCAUAUGAACAAAAUUUUCGAACCCACACAACAGAUCAAAAUCAAAGAUCUUAAAGAACUAAAUAUGGAACAAUUGUUAUCCGAAACAUAUGUCAUUAAAUCCAUACACAUUGAAAAUCCCACAGACCCAGUUACAUUUCAAAUGUACAAUUUGCUUCCCCGUGGCAUGUUAUCCCUGAGGGUAUUGCAAGAGUUACCCAUUAUAGUGGUUUUAAUGUAUCAAAUCUACAAAAAUGCAGUGUACCAAGAAGUUUCAGAUUUUGUGCCAUUGAUCAUGACCACCAUAAAUCUGCAACCUUCUACAAUACACAGAAAUUCCCAAUUCUUUAAUAAAGAAAUUUUUAUCGAUUUUAUGGGCGCCCAAAUAAAAACCCUAUCAUUCCUAGCCUAUAUUGUGCGAUUAUUUCAAGAAAAUAUUAUGAAUCACUCGGCUUCAGUGUGUAGUGGCAUCUUAAGUCUGAUGCAUUUGUGUCCCAAAGAAGCAGCCCAUCUAAGAAAGGAGCUAUUAAUAGCUGCACGUCAUAUCUUUGCUACAGAUUUAAGACAAAAAUUCAUAUCCUCUAUUGAACGUUUAUUCGAUGAGGAUUUGCUUAUUGGCAAAGGUGUUACCUUGGACUCAAUACGCCCCUUGGCCUAUUCAACUUUGGCCGAUUUGGCCCAUCAUGUACGCCAGAGUUUAAGUUUGGAUGUUUUGGAAAAGGCCAUAAAACUUUUUUCGAAAAAUGUUCACGAUGAAUCCUUGGCCACCAGCAUACAAACAAUGUCAUGUAAACUUUUGUUAAAUUUAGUGGAUUGUGUAAGACAUCACAGUGAAGAGGAACCCCUGAAGGCCAGGAAUUUGCUAACAACCUUGUUGAAGGUUUUUGUGUAUAAAUUUCAAACAAUUGCCAAAAUAACGCUGCCCACAAUAACACAAAGAUUAAAAGCCCAGUCAAACACUUCAACAUCACCCUCCUCCACAUCCUCAUCAACUAUGGAUAACAAAGAAACGGCUAUAAUAGACACUGCCGCCGAUGCCAUAUCCAAGAAUCAAUUGACCGGAAAUCAAAUGUUAUGCUCCUUGAACAUUGUGGAAUAUCGUAGUUUGGUAAAGACACUAGUUGGUGGAGUUAAGACCAUAACAUGGGGCUUCGUCAGUUCAAAGUCACCCUCUGUUGAUGUCACCAAACAAAAGCAAGAGAAGCUGUUCCAACCCUAUGAAGUCAGUAUUUAUAUAGAUUUGGUACAUUGGGCAAUGGAGGCUUUGGAUAUAUACUCCAUUAAUACAUCGCCAGCCAAUCAAUUGAAGACCUCGGGUAUAAUACCCAGAACAAAGGAGGAGAAAGAGGUUUUGGAGCACUUUAGUGGCAUAUUUCUUAUGAUGCAUCCGCAGAACUUUCAAGAGGUUUUUGCCACCACCAUUGAUUUUAUGGUUGAACGUAUACACAAGAAUCCCUCACUGCAGAUAGUGGCCAAUUCGUUUUUGGCCAAUCCACAAACGUCUCCACUCUUUGCCACUGUGCUGGUGGAAUAUCUUUUGGGAAAAAUGCAUGAAAUGGGCACUAAUGUCGAGCGUUCCAAUUUGUAUUUGAGGCUAUUCAAAUUGGUCUUUGGCAGCGUAAGCCUAUUUCCAGUGGAAAAUGAGCAGAUGCUUAGACCUCAUCUGCAUAGCAUAGUGAAUCAAUCUAUGGAAUUGGCUUUGACUGCGGAGGAGCCUUACAACUACUUCCUUUUGCUUAGAGCCUUAUUCCGCUCCAUAGGAGGUGGCUCUCAUGAUUUAUUAUAUCAGGAGUUUUUGCCUUUGCUGCCCAAUUUAUUGGAGGGUUUAAAUCGUUUACAAAGUGGCUUCCAUAAGCAACACAUGAAAGAUUUGUUUGUGGAGUUGUGUUUGACAGUGCCAGUGCGUUUAUCUUCAUUGCUGCCCUAUUUGCCCAUGUUAAUGGAUCCUUUGGUCUCGGCCCUCAAUGGUUCAGCCACUUUGGUUAGCCAGGGCCUUAGAACUUUGGAGUUAUGCGUUGAUAACUUGCAGCCGGACUUUUUGUACGAUCAUAUACAGCCUGUACGCGCUGCUUUGAUGCAGGCUCUAUGGAAGACAUUACGCAAUCAGGACAAUGCUGCCAUGGUUGCCUUUAGAGUCUUGGGUAAAUUUGGCGGCGGCAAUCGUAAAAUGAUGACCGAACCUCAGUGCAUUCAAUAUACCAACAGUGAGAUACAGCCCACUUCAGUUGUGGCCUAUUUCCAGGAGCAUGAGAAGCCCAUAGAUUUUCCCAUAGACAAGGCCAUUGAGACAGCCUUGGCUGCACUUAGCUCAAAUGCCACUGAUUCGUUUUAUCGCCGCCAAAGCUGGGAGGUCAUACGUUGCUUUUUGGCAGCCUCCAUUAACUUGGAUGAUGAGAAACACACCCUGCAGAAAUUCUUUCUACAUCCCAGUUUUCUGGACAACAACAUUGUAAAUGUGCCCAUCAAUCAAAAUAAGAUAGAGGACUAUCAGGCUCGCAAAACUUUGCAGAAUGCCUUGACCGGUAUGUUUGUGGCCUCCGCCACCAAAGACUUGAGGGAAUUUGUCAUACCCAUAAUGUUGGCCAUUGCCCGCCACUUCACCAUGAUAGCAAUAGCCCAACAGGCGGGCCCAUUUCCAGUCAAACAAUACUAUUCACUUAAUGGCAUAGAUCCUUUGGUGUUGGUGGAUGCCUUGGCCAUUUGUAUGGGUCAUGAGGAAAAGGAGCUAUGCAAACCGGGUCAAUUGUGCAUACGGCUGAUCCUGGAAACAGCUUCCAAUAUUUUGGGCAGCAAAGAGCGAGCUUGUCGUUUGCCUUUAAUGCAGUAUUUGGCUGAGAAGAUGACUGCCCUAUGCUAUGAAAGGCCUUGGUAUGCCAAAGUGGGAGGAUGCAAAGCCAUACAGUUGAUUUAUCAACAGUUCUCGCCACGCUCCUUGUAUCAGCAUUUAUUCUCCUUUGUCAAGGCAUUUAUGUUUGUGCUUAUGGAUUUGGAAGGCGAGGUCUCCAAUGGAGCCAUUUACAUAGCGAAAACUAAUCUAAGAUCCCUGUUGGACUUGUGCAUGAAACCCAAGGAGUAUGAGACCAGUGAAGAGAUAACAGCAAUUAGAACCAAAUCCACCUAUGACGUGGUGCAUGAACUCUGCCGGCAAGUAACAAGUCCCAAUGCCUUGGUGCGCCAGGAAUCCAUGGCCUCCUUGAAGUACAUAGCCCAAUUGCAGAAUCGCACUGUCUCCGAAGUCAUGGAUCCCCACAAAGAGGUCUUGGCCGAUAUUAUACCACCCAAGAAGCAUUUGCUGAGACAUCAACCCGUCAAUGCCCAAAUUGGCCUAAUGGAGGGCAAUACCUUCUGCACUACCCUAGAGCCCAGACUGUUUACCAUUGACCUCACCAAUAGCUAUCAUAAACUGUUCUUCCAUGAGCUGUUGACCUUGUCCGAGGCCGAAGAUGCCACUCUCAUGAAAUUGGAUUGCUACAAGAAUGUCAAUAACUUGGUACCCCUUCGCAUAAGUGCUUUGAAAGCCUUGGCCGCUUGCCAUUACAUUACGGAUACCCAGCAUAAGGACAAGAUUAUCAACAUCCUCUUCAAGCUGAUGGAACAUAAGAAGCCUGAGUUGCAAGAAGCCGCUUUCAAAUGCAUGAAACGUUUCAAUGCCGGCAUCCAGAUUGACAAGAAGGAGAUACACAAUUGCAUUAGACCUUUGCUAAUAUUAUUGGGAGACUAUCGCAGUCUGACGCUGACUGCCACCAAGCGUUUGUCCUAUUUCACCCAGCUGUUCCCGCAUAUGUUCAAUGAGAAGCUGAGUGAGCAAAUACUGGAGCUUUGUCGCAAUCUCUUGGAUACGUCUAUACAAAUUUGCAAACAGGGCCAGCAGGGGGGAAACUUCUUUGCUGCCAUACGUGGUGGGGAAUAUGAACAGAAAGUGGUUUGCCUCAUCGAGAUGUUCCAUCAAAUCACAGCUGCCACUCCCAAAUAUAUAGAGAAUCUAUGCCAAUUGGUCUUGCAAACGGAGAAAAAUCUAAUGAUUGAAUCCUCCUCACCCUACCGGGCUCCCUUGCUGAAGUUCUUGUUACGCUUUCACACCCAGACUGUGGAGUACUUUCUCUCCGAUAUGUAUAUAGUGGAUGCACAGUGGAACCGCUUCUUUAUCUAUUUGCUCAAGCACAAAGAUGGCAAACCCUUCCACGCCGACCUCAAAUCGCCCAAAUGCAUUAAGGCCUUGAUACGCUUGAUUGGCUGUGGACAAAUCGACAGUUCCAUUAUGAGCGAUGAGCAAAAGCAGGAAGUCCAAGAGCAGGCCAUUAAAAUAGUCUACACCGUUAUGGAAUGUGACGAACAAUGGAUAGCCGUGCAGACGGACUUGAUUAACUGCCUCAAACAAUUGUGGCAAUAUAAUUUGAGCAACAGCUGCCAGGAGAACGUCAUCAGCUACAAAUGGCAUUUGGUGGGCAAGAUCCUAUUAAAGUAUUUCUCCCAUAACACCAAUGAAAUUGAGCUGCUGUUCCAGCUCUCCAGAGCAUUGUGUUUGCACUUCAUUCCUGAUUUCUAUUUCCUAAGAGACUUUUUGCAAAAUACUGUGGCCCAAAGCUACACCGUCUAUUGGAAGCGUCAAGCCUUUUUCUAUUUCAUAGAGAACUUCAAUAAUGCCUCGUUGUCGGAAGAGCUGAAGGCCAAAAUAAUAACCUCCAUACUGGUGCCCUGUUUUGUGGCCAGUUUCGAUAAGGGUGAAGGCAAUAAGCUAAUAGGCGCCCCACCCACACCAUUCCAAGAGGACGAGAGUAACAUAGUGUCGGUGUUCAUUAACAGCAAGGUGUUUGAUCCCGAAAAACCCUAUGCCAAAGAUGAUGCUGUCAGAAUUGCUUUGCUGCAGUUCGCUUGUCUUUUGGUGGAAAGAGCCUCACAGCACAUACACGAUGGUGAUGCCACCAAUCGCACACAAGGCAACAAAUUGAGGCGCCUUAUGACCUUUGCCUGGCCUUGUCUGCUGAGUAAGAAUUCGGUGGAUCCAACAGCACGUUAUCAUGGCCAUUUACUCUUGGCCCAUAUCAUUGCACGCCUGGCCAUACACAAGAAAAUCGUAUUGCAGGUAUUUCAUUCUCUGCUGAAGGGUCAUGCCUUGGAAGCUAGGCCGGUGGUGCGACAAGCCUUGGAUGUUCUAACGCCAGCUAUGCCAUUGCGCAUGGAAGAUGGCAAUACCAUGUUAACGCAUUGGACCAAGAAAAUCAUAGUGGAAGAGGGUCAUUCAAUGCAACAACUUUUCCAUAUUCUACAAUUAAUAGUGAGGCAUUAUAAGGUCUACUUUCCGGUGCGCCAUCAACUGGUUACUCAUUUGAGUAAUUAUAUGCAACGUUUGGGUUUCCCUCCCAAUGCUUCGCUGGAACACAAAAAACUAUCCGUGGAAUUGGCCGAUGUAAUCAUCAAAUGGGAAUUGCAACGCAUUAAGGAAGAUGAAACUGAGAGUAAAAUCUCUAAUUUGGAUGAUGAAAUGGACGAUAAGACCUCCGUGAAAAGAAGCGGUGAUGAUUUCGCUGAAUCACAUCGUAAGAAAGUGACCACAGACGCUGGCGCCCGAUCAAGCACCUCGGAUGCUGCUAUGAGCUCGAAAAUAGAUGAAAGCACUCGCUCUAUAGGAAAAGUACACUGCGACACAGUAUUAAAUUUCCUCAUAAGACUGGCCUGCCAGGUCAACGAUAGUCCACCAACCAUUUUGAAUUCGGGUGAUAAUUUAUCAAGAAGAUGCAUCAUCUUACUGAAAACUGCCAUGCGACCCGAUGUCUGGCCGCAGCCAUUUGAACUCAAACUCAAUUGGAUGGAUAAGCUAUUCACCACCAUUGAAUCGCCCAACACCAAUAUCAAUAACAUUUGCACAGCUUUGGACUUUUUGACAUUUUUACACAACAUCAUGAAGCCCGAUCAGCUAUUGGCAAUCAUUAGACCCAUACAAAAAGGCCUUUCGGCUUGUAUCAUUCAUCAAAAUACGAAAAUUGUGCGCUUAAUGCAUGGUCUGAUAACACGCCUUAUGACAAUUUUCCCUCCCGACUCGCAGCAUAAGAACGAUGAGCUGGACAUCUUGUAUAGUGCCAUCAGUAAAAUGAUUGUGGACAAUUUGACCUUUUACGAGAAGAGCCCUCAGCCAAAUCCUUCGUCGCUCUUUGGCACUUUGAUGAUUUUGAAAGCCUGCUGUGUGAACAAUCCAGAGUAUAUUGAUCGUCUGAUGCUGCAGUUUAUACGCGUCUUGAAUCGUCUUACCAAGGAACACAUUGCCAUGCAAAAUAACAAUGCCCAGGCUAUGAAUCCCUCGGUGGAGGGAAACCAUUUGUCGUUGGAGUUGUUGAUUCUCUCGUUGGAUAUGAUCAAAAAUCGAAUUGUCAUUAUGAGUGUGGAGGUGCGCAAGUUGCUCAUUACCAGCAUCAUAGUGAGCUUGAUUGAGAAGUCCAUGGAUGCGAAAAUUAUAAAAUGCAUCAUAAAAAUGCUGGACGACUGGGUGAGGGUUAAGGAGCAGAAUACCAUGGUACAAAUACCCUCGAUAAGGGAAAAAUCCAUUCUGUUGGUCAAAUUGAUGCAAUGCGUUGAGAAAAAGUUCUCGGACGAGAGUGAAUUGCACAUUCAAUUCCUGGAAAUGAUCAACUACAUAUAUCGCGAUGAGUAUUUGAAACAGACUGAGCUGAGUGCCAAAUUGGAGGGAGCUUUCCUAACCGGUUUGCGCAGCCAAAAUCCCACCAUCAGGGCGAAGUUCUUCGAAAUCAUAGAUGCCUCCAUGAGACGACGUCUACAUGAUCGCCUGCUGUACAUUAUUUGCUCACAGGCUUGGGAUUCCAUAGGCACCCAUUACUGGAUUAAGCAAUGCAUUGAACUGUUGGUGCUGACGGCCAAUACCAUGACCGCCAUACAAAAUGCCAAUGACACGCACAAGAUACCCAGCAUAACAUCCAUCAUUAAUAUGGCAGACAAUGAGGAGAAGAGCCAAUUUGUCAUCUACACCUCAUCCUCGCAAUCGGAUUGCAUGGAUAUGCCACAGAGUGUCGAUGAUAAGGAUGAGGAGUUUGAUGUGGACAUAAAUUUGGAUUUGGUUAAUCAGCAAACCACCGAUCAGGCCGAUACUGACCGUCUGUUGCCUGUAAGGAAAGUGAAGAUAUGCCGUCUUAUCAAUCGUCACAUUGAAUUUUUGGAAAUAAAUCGAAAGAUACGUACCGACCAAUUGCUGGUGGCCACUUCACAGCUCUGCCACAUGGACACUAGCCUGGCUGAAUCUGUAUGGCUGGCCAUAUUUCCCCGCAUAUGGUCCAUCUUUAGCACCGACCAACAGCAGACAAUCAUCAAAGAGGUUAUACCCUUCUUGGCUUCGGGCACCAAUAUUAUACAAAAGGACUGUGCCCCCAGUGCCAUAAAUACCUUUGUGGAGGGCCUCACACAAUGUAAUCCCAAGAUAUACAUACCCCCCAAUGUCUGCACAUACCUGGGAAAGGCCCAUAAUUUGUGGCAUCGCAUGACCCUAGUGUUGGAAGAAAUGACCUCGAAGGUUAAUCUAAGCAAUCAAUCAUCUUUCAUGGACUACUGUGAUCAACAACAGGAAUACAAUGGCAAUCAAACCACUGUCCAUGACUCCCUUUCCCUGAUGUAUUCAGCAAUGCAUGAGGAAGAUUUAUGGGCUGGCCUUUGGAUGAAAUAUGCCCAAUAUUCGGAAACUAAUCUGGCCAUUGCCUAUGAACAAAUGGGCUUCUUUGAAGAGGCCCAGGGGGCCUAUGACUUGGCCAUGACCAAAUUCAAAGAGGACCUCUCGAAUGGCCAAUGCAAUUCUCACAUGAAUAGCGAGGUAUUGUUAUGGGAAAAUCAUUGGAUACGCUGUGCCAAAGAGCUCAACCAAUGGGAUAUUUUACUGGACUAUGCUCAAACCAACAGGGAGCAGCAUGAAAUUCUCAUAAUGGAAAGUGCUUGGCGUGUGCCCGAUUGGAAUCUCAUGAAAAAGGCUUUGUUGAAAAUAGAACAAGCCUAUUCCAAGCAAUAUGGCUACAAAGUUAAUUUGUACAAGGGCUUCUUGGCCAUUCUCCAUCCUGAGGAAAGGCAAUUGGCCAAUGUGGAAAAAUAUGUGGAAAUUGCCUCGGGUCUUUGCAUACGCGAAUGGCGUAGGCUACCACACAUUGUGUCUCACAUUCACCUGCAAUAUCUGCAGGCAGCCCAGCAAAUCAUCGAAUUACAGGAGGCCAGUCAAAUCCACCAGGGUUUACUACAAUCUCGCAACACUUCCUUGCAUGAUAUGAAGGCCAUUGUGAAAACUUGGAGAAACCGCUUGCCUGUAAUCGCCGAUGAUUUGUCCCACUGGUCCGACAUAUUCACCUGGCGUCAACAUCAUUAUCAAAUAAUCACGCAACACUUGGAACAGACUCCAGAUCAGGGCAAUACAAUGCUGGGAGUACAUGCUUCAGCCCAGGCCAUCAUAUACUUUGGCAAGAUAGCAAGAAAACAUAAUUUAACGGGUGUGUGUCAGGAGACAUUGUCGCGAAUUUACACAAUACCAUCGGUGCCCAUUGUGGAUUGCUUUCAGAAAAUUCGCCAACAAGUCAAGUGCUACAUACAAACAGCCUCCUCAACUGUCAGCAAUGAUUUAAAUGAAGCCUUAGAGGUUAUCGAAUCUACCAAUCUGAAAUAUUUCACCGCUGAAAUGAAUGCCGAAUUUUAUGCUCUCAAAGGUUUAUUGCUUGCAAAUAUUGGGCGCUCAGAGGAAGCUGCCAAAGCCUUUAGUGCUGCAGUUCAAUUACAUGAUGGGCUAACAAAAGCCUGGGCCAUGUGGGGUGAUUUUAUGGAACAUCUUUUCAUACGGGACAAACAAAUUUCACAUGGUGUUAAUGCUUUAACCUGCUAUCUACACGCCUGUCGCCAUCAAAGCGAAAGUAAGACCAGAAAAUAUUUAGCCAAGGUUCUAUGGUUUUUGUCCUAUGACAAUGCCACCAAUACUUUGAUGAACACCUUGGAAAAGUAUGUUGUGGGAGUGCAGCCUUCGUACUGGCUACCUUGGAUACCCCAGCUGCUGUGUUGUCUGGUACAAUAUGAUGGCAAUGUGAUAUUGAAUCUCUUGAGUCAUGUUGGUCGUUUGUAUCCCCAAGCGGUGUACUUUCCUAUACGUACUUUGUACUUGACUUUGAAAAUAGAACAACGAGAAAAACACAAAACCGCAGAACAGGCCUCUGGCAGGCCUCAUAAUCAUCAAAACCUGGAGAGCAACAUGAAUCAAGUGUUCACCAACUCUUCGGCAUCGAGUCAAACUUCGGUUAAUCCCAUUAAGGCAACUCCACCCAUGUGGCGUUGCUCCAAAGUUAUGCAUGUUCAAAGAGAAAUCCAUCCCACUAUCUUAAGCUCUCUAGAGGGUAUUGUUGAUCAAAUGGUAUGGUUCAGAGAAAGUUGGACCGAAGAAGUGCUAAGGCAAUUGCGUCAGGGCCUUAUCAAAUGCUAUGCCAUAGCCUUUGAAACUAGGAGUACUGUGAAUGAGGCCACCAUAACACCACACACACUUCAUUUUGUCAAGAAAUUGGGUUCAACCUUUGGCAUUGGCAUAGAAAACAUUCCCGGUUCGGUGGCCUCGUCCGCCUCCAAUUCGGCAGCCUCUGAAUCCUUGGCUCGUCGUGCCCAAGUAACUUUCCAAGAUCCCGCCUUCCAAAUGAUGAAAGAACAAUUCACCCGCGAUUUUGAUUUCACCAAGCCCGAUGCCAUGAAAUUGCACAACCUAAUAACCAAAUUGAAGUCUUGGAUAAAGGCUUUGGAGAAUAAAGUCAAGAAGUUACCCACUUCAUUCCUUAUCGAGGACAAGUGUCGUUUCCUUUCCAAUUUCAGUCAAAAAACCGCCGAAGUUGAAUUACCAGGAGAAUUUCUAAUACCCUCAUCAUCACAUUACCACAUACGCAUAUCCCGAUUUAUGCCCCGAGUUGAGAUUGUACAAAAGAAUAAUACAGCGGCGCGACGUCUCCAUAUAAGGGGAACCAAUGGUAAAAUAUAUCCCUAUCUAGUAGUCAUCGACACCGGAUUGGGUGAUGCUCGUCGUGAGGAACGUGUUUUACAAUUGUUACGCAUGCUCAACUAUUAUUUGGAGAAACAAAAGGAAACCACCAGACGUUUCUUGAACAUAACAGUGCCGCGAGUGGUGCCAAUAUCACCACAAAUGCGUUUGGCUGAAGACAAUCCCGCCAGUAUAUCGCUCUAUGAAAUAUACAAGAGUACCUGCGCCAAAAUGGAUGUGGAACAUGAUUUACCCAUAAUGAAGUAUUAUGAACGUCUCUCAGAAGUUCAAUCGCAAGGAGCACAAAUCACUCAUGCUAUCUUGAGGGACAUCUUCCAAGAGAUACAAAAUAAAAUGGUGCCCAAAACAUUGUUUAAGCAAUGGGCGGUCAAGACAUUUGUGUCGGCCACCGAUUUCUGGCAAUUCCGUAAAAUGAUGACCCUGCAAAUGGCUUUGGCCUUCCUGUGUGAAUAUGCUCUACAUUUGACCCGCCUAAAUACGGAUAUGAUUUACAUACACCAAGACUCGGGUCUCAUCAAUAUCUCCUAUUUCAAAUUCGAUAUUAACGAUGAGAAAGAAGAAUUGGAUCACAGCAGACCAGUGCCAUUCCGUUUGACACCAAACAUAGCCGAGUUCCUGACAAACAUAGGCAUAUCGGGCCCAUUGUCAGCCGCCAUUAUAGCAACGGCCCGUUGCUUUGUACAUCCCAACUAUAAGCUGGCAUCGAUAUUGAGAACGAUAUUACGUGAUGAGAUUAUAGCCUUCCAUAAGAAACGAAUGCGGGACAACAAGCCCAUGGAUGGCAUGGAUGAGGCUACGGCCGAUGCCAAUGCCACCGAGAAUAUGAUACGGCUGGUCAAUAAGGCGGUAAGCGCUAUAUUGAAGCGCUUGAAUACAAUAUCAUAUUUUGAUAAUACAGAAUCUAAGAAAAUCUCCAUACUAUUGCAGCAGGCCACAAAUCAUGACAAUCUAUGUCUCAUGGACCCGGCCUGGCAUCCAUGGCUAUAAAAAAAAAAACAGAUUUUAUUUUAUUAAAGUUUUUUUUUUUAAUUUUAAGACUUUUCAUUGUAUUGAAAUAAAACAAAAAGAAACAACAACAACAAAAGAAGAGAAAUAC